AUGGAGCCCUCAGAUAUCUCACUUAGCUUCUCUGACCCAGUAGCCUCUUCUUCUAGCAUUCACACUGACAAUACCGAGACCUUCCAUUUCUUCCCAAACAGGACCCAAAGCUCUCUCGAGCCACUGCCAUUGCUGAGCUGCUUGCUUCGUUCCCCUGAAACUAAGUCCGAUGAAAACAAACCUUGCCAUGAAGACGAUGAGGGCAUCACUGUGGCCUUACACAUUGGCCUUCCCAAUUGCACCAUUGAUGGGUUCGUGAAUUCAAGUGAGAAGAAGGAGGAUGCACACGUGGCGGAAACCCAGUAUUGGAUACCAACUCCGGCACAGAUACUCGUUGGCUUCACACACUUUUCGUGCCAUGUCUGCGACAAAACCUUCAAUCGAUAUAACAAUCUUCAGAUGCAUAUGUGGGGACACGGAUCACAGUACCGCAAGGGACCAGAAUCUCUAAAGGGUUCACAGCCACGAGCCAUGCUAGGCAUACCAUGCUACUGCUGCGAAGAAGAAUGCAAGAACAACAUAAACCACCCGAGAGCAAAGCCACUCAAGGACUUCCGAACCCUCCAAACACACUACAAGAGGAAGCAUGGCAUGAAGCGGUUCGCCUGCAGGAAGUGCGGCAAGUGCUUGGCGGUGAAAGGCGACUGGCGAACCCACGAGAAGAACUGUGGCAAGCGCUGGCUCUGCGUGUGUGGCUCCGAUUUCAAGCACAAGAGGUCUCUGAAAGAUCAUAUUAGGUCAUUUGGCACUGGUCAUGGCUCUUUUCCUAAUCCUUCUGAUGGGUAUGAGAUACGUGGUGAUGAUGAUAUGCAUUCUUUCUUUGUUUAA